CUCCCACCACGACACUCACUGUCUCACACACUCGCAGACUCACUCCACCUCGCCCGCGGCAGAGCACCCCGAAGGCCGAAGCAGAGGGCCGCGCGCCAGAGCCAGCCAGCCAGCCAGCCAUGAAGCGAACGAGGGCGCAGCAGCCCAAGGUCGAGGAGCCACAGGACCUCACCACCGCCGCCACCACCCCCGCCAACCCGAAGCCGCAGCGCCGGGCGAAACAACCGAGGCAGCCCAAGGCGGCGGUCGCGGGCGGCGCCAAGACGAAGCCGGGCGCCGCGGGUGCGCGCGUCGUCCCUGCGGCGUCCGUCGCCGCCGUAGCAGCAGCAGCAGCAGCAAAUGCCGCCUCGUCAGCCGCGUCUUCGCCCGGCGGGGCGGAGAUGAUGGCGCCGACCGUGCCGGACGUGGGCGCCGGCGGGGAAAGAGGAGACGCGGACGACGCGCCCGCCGUGGACUGGGACCUCGACGACGACGCCGGGCUGGACGCGGCGGCGGCGUGGUGGACGUGGGGCGUCGACGAGGAGAAGCUCCUCGGCUGGUUCCCCUUCGUCGAGGAGGACUUCCGGUGCGGCGGCGCCCGCGCCGGCGACGCCGAGGUUGCUGCCUUCGACCACGACAUUUGGAGCAUCUGGUGAACCGAAAGGGAGAGAGAGGGGAAGCGAGUUGCCGUGCCGGUGGCGAUGCUUCUUUUGCUGAUCCUGCUCUGCGGCUGUGCCCAGGGUAGUGUUGUUCUGGCACAGGAACGGGGAAUGCGGCGGAGAAUGUGUGUAGGCGUGGUAGCUAGACGACUCGUAGAUGAAAUGUUAAUGUGCAUGUCAGCAAUGGUGCAAUUCCAAACGCGCUCUUCGUUGCGCCAUUUGAUCGUGCACCGUGGCUAACGUCCAGACGUGCUUGAUUCGAUGCAUGCGCGGCUUCUUGGGUUUGUGUACAGCAGUGCUCAACAGCGCAAUGAAUCCAGGCUGCAAUUGGAAUCCAGGCACAUCAGCGCCGAGAACUCGUGCUUACUGUAUGCGAUUGGGAGUAUGUGCAUGCUGCAAUUAGAUUCUGUGCAGGCAAUUGGCGCAACGGGAUUCCAAUCUGCUGAUCAA